GCAGUGUGCCGCCCCCGCCGAGGCUGCUGGGCGGGGCGACGCGAGCCAGCCCGGAGCGGGAACCGGAGCGGGAGCCGGAGCGGGAGCCGGAGCCGGAGCGGGAGCGGCGGCCGGAACAUGUGGAGACCGUCACCACGCUGCCACUUGCACUGCACUGCCCUGCAGGGCCGGCCGCAGCGCCUGGGCCCCGCCGCCUUCCUCAGGAGAAGCCUCCAGGUCCCGCCCGCUCAGUGGCCCCUGGGAUCCCAGCCCCUAUGGAAGAAGGUGCUCACCUCCACGGCCGUGGGGCUGCCGCUGCUCCUGGGCGUCCGCUACCUCACCGCAGAGCCGCAGGAGAGGAGAAAGAUGCGGCUCAUGGUGGACGGUGUCAUGCGCUUUGGCAGGUCCUUGAGGGUCGGCCUGCAGAUCUCCGCAGACUACUGGUGGUGCACGAACGUCGUCCUGCGAGGGGUGGAAGAGAACAGCCCGGAGUACUUGGAGGUGAUGUCUGCGUGUCAUCAGCGGGCAGCUGAUGCCCUGGUGUCUGGGGCCAUCUACAAUGGGGGCCUCUACGUGAAGCUGGGCCAAGGGCUGUGCUCCUUCAACCACCUGCUGCCCCCCGAGUACAUCCAGACGCUGCGUGUGCUGGAGGACAGGGCCCUCACGCGCGGCUUCCGGGAGGUGGACGAGCUGUUCCUUGAAGACUUCCACGCCCUACCCCACAAGCUCUUCCAGGAGUUUGACUACCAGCCCAUCGCCGCCGCCAGCCUGGCCCAGGUCCACCGUGCCCGGCUGCACGAUGGCACCGUUGUGGCUGUGAAGGUGCAGUACAUCGACCUGCGGGACCGCUUCGACGGGGACAUCCACACCCUGGAGCUCCUGCUCAGGCUGGUGGAGUUCAUGCACCCCAGCUUCGGCUUCAGCUGGGUCCUCCAGGACCUGAAGGGGAUCCUGGCCCAGGAGCUGGACUUUGAGAAUGAGGCUCGGAACGCUGAGCGCUGUGCACAGGACCUGAAGCACUUCCACUACGUCGUGGUCCCCCGAGUGUUCUGGGACGUGUCCAGCAAGCGUGUGCUGACAGCCGAGUUCUGUGAGGGCUGCAAGGUCAACGAUGUGGAGGCCAUCAAGUCCAUGGGGCUGGCCGUGCAGGAUAUAGCAGAGAAGCUCAUCAAGGCUUUUGCUGAGCAGAUCUUCUACACGGGCUUCAUCCACUCCGACCCCCACCCUGGCAACGUGCUGGUGCGGAAAGGCCCGGACGGGAAGGCAGAGCUGGUGCUGCUGGACCAUGGCCUCUACCAGUUCCUGGAUCAGAAGGACCGGUCAGCCCUGUGCCAGCUGUGGCGGGCUAUCAUCCUGAGAGACGACAGCUCAAUGAAGACGCAUGCAGCGGCACUUGGGGUACAAGACUACUUCCUGUUCUCGGAGGUGCUCAUGCAGAGGCCUGUGCGCCUGGGGCAGCUGUGGCGCUCCCACCUGCUGAGCCGAGAGGAGGCGGCCUACAUGCAGGCCAUGGCGCGGGAGCACUUCGAAGGCAUCAUGGCCGUGCUCAAGGCCCUGCCGCGGCCCAUGCUGCUCGUGCUGCGGAACAUCAAUACCGUCCGAGCCAUCAACACUUCCCUUGGCGCCCCCGUAGAUCGCUACUUCCUCAUGGCCAAGAGUGCCGUCAAGGGCUGGAGCCGCCUGGCAGGCUCAGCGCACACGAGUGUCUAUGGCACCAGCCUCCUACGCCACAUCAGGGUCAUCUGGGAGAUGUUCAAGUUUGAAGUGGCCCUGAGGCUGGAGACCCUGUCCAUGAGGUUCACAGUCCUCAUGAUUCGAGUGCUGAUGCACCUGGACCUCAUGCCCAGGGACGAGGGGCUAUAUGAGUACCUUGCAACCUAGGGCCCUAGAGCAGGAGGCCCAGACUGGAGAUGUGGACGCCCCCCAACCCGGGACACUGGAGCAACUGUCGGCUUGAGUGGGGGGACCCCGGGGGCUCUGACCACUGGCAGGGCCAGGAGGCCCUGCAAUGACCACACGUACUU